AUGAAUCUUUGUGGUGUCAUAAAGCCACCUCAGCCCGAGAGUCAAAGGUCAUGUGUCCGUGAUCCUAUGGGUUUCCAGGACAAGGAGAAUUCCUCCAAUAAAACUGGCUGCAUCAAAGAUGUCGCCAGAAGUUUGAGUAUCACUCCUCCUGAUCAGAUGAUGAUUGAAAAAGCCAAAGGGGAAACGGCCUAUCUUCCGUGCAAAUUCACUGUUGGUCCUGAUGACCAGGGACCACUGGACAUUGAAUGGCUGCUAUCACCAGCUGACAAUCAGCAGGUGGAUCAAGUGAUUAUUUUAUAUUCUGGAGACAAAAUUUAUGAUAACUACUACGAAGCUCUGAAAGGACGAGUACAUUUUACGAGUAGUGAUCUCAAAUCUGGUGAUGCAUCAAUAAAUGUAACAAAUUUACAGUUAUCAGAUAUUGGCACAUACCAGUGCAAGGUGAAAAAAGCUCCUGGUGUUGCAAAUAAGAAAGUUUUGCUGACGGUUCUUGUUAAGCCAUCAGGUACAAGAUGUUUUGUUGAUGGAUCAGAAGAAAUUGGAAAUGACUUUAAACUAAAAUGUGAACCAAAAGAAGGUUCACUUCCAUUACGAUAUGAAUGGCAAAAAUUGUCUGACUCCCAGAGAAUGCCUACCCCAUGGUUAGCAGAAAUGACCUCACCUGUUAUAACUGUAAGGAAUGCUACUUCUGAUUACUCUGGAACAUACAGCUGUACAGUGCAAAACAGAGUGGGCUCUGAUCAGUGCAUGCUGCGUCUAGAUGUUGUUCCCCCUUCAAAUAGAGCCGGAACAAUUACAGGAGCUAUUAUAGGAACUUUACUUGCUCUUGUGAUCAUUGGUCUUAUCAUCUUUUGCUGUCAUAAAAAGCGCAGAGAAGAAAAAUACGAAAAGGAAGUUCACCAUGAUAUAAGAGAAGAUGUUCCUCCUCCAAAGAGCCGGACAUCCACUGCCAGAAGCUACAUUGGCAGCAAUCAUUCAUCCCUGGGAUCCAUGUCUCCUUCCAACAUGGAAGGUUAUUCUAAGACUCAGUAUAACCAAGUACCAAGUAAAGACUUUGAACACGCUCCCCAGAGUCCAACUCUCCUACCCGCUAAGGGACACAUGGAACAGAAUCCAGGAUUCCUGGGCUACUGUUUUAAGAACCCUGAGUCUUUUCAACCAGCCCCUGAGAGAACUAUGACAUUUCUCAUGGUUACACCAGCCAGAGAGAAGAACAGAAUGAGAUUAGAUAUUUCCAUUUUGGCUCUUACAAUAUCCUUAAAUUUGUGUGAAAGAACAAAGAAACCAGGAAGACAGCUUAACACUAUUGGGAAGCAGUUCAAACACACUUACAAGACUGAUGGGAUUACUGUGGUGUAA